GUACUGUUGUGGGGAGAACUCCCAGUAGCCGGGUUCGGGUCAUUAUGCGGUGGCAGACGGGUUUGGAUCGACGGGUUAUCGUUGAGAUAUUUUAUUUUGGCGGAUAUUAUCCACUCCCGCCUGGAAUUGGAGCGCCACUUCGCUCAUUGCCGGUUCAAGACUUCCAGUGAUGCUUCCGAGCCCGUGCCUCCCGUUGCACCGUCCACCUUCCUUUCCCCUUAUCACCUGCCGCGUGUCUCCGAGCGUACCACGUCCCUCUCCUCCUCCUCCUCCUCUUCCGUCACCACCACCGCUAGCGAACCUCAGCGCAACCACCGUGCCCGCGCUAACGUGCGCCCUCCAGUGCAUUCACUUCCAAUCGUGCUCUGGGUGCACGCAAGAGUUCAAUCUCCACCGUCCAGUAAUCGUCGACGAGGCUGCUGAGUUUUUUAAGAGUCUUGGAGUAUCAGACUUCACUUUUGAUAGCUCUAGAUUGUGGGGAUGGAGGUGUCGCGCAAAACUGGCUGUUCGUGGUCCCUCGAAUAACCCUCUGAUUGGGCUUUACGAGGAGGGCACACAUAAUGUAGUAGACAUUCCCCAUUGCAAAGCUCAUCACCCAAGUAUUAAUCUUGCUGUUGAAUUAUUAAGACAAGGUAUUACUGAAUUGAAUGUUGAGCCAUAUGAUGAAGAUCAGGGGACAGGUGAUUUACGAUAUGUGCAGAUGGCGGUGACAACUUACAACACUUCUCUUCCUGCCUCAGAAAGAUACAUAAACGGUAAGGUACAAGUUGCUCUAGUUUGGAAUUCAAGAAAUGAGAACUCUCCAAAUUUUGACAAAUUAAAUGCCUUGGCUGAUUACUUGUGGAGAAAUGGUGGACGAAGGAGUGAUGUCAAUUUCAUUCACUCUGUAUGGGCUAACUUUCAGACAUCAACUAACAAUAUUAUUUUUGGGAAUAGGUGGAGACACCUUUUAGGAGAUAGAGACUUCUGGGAACAUCUUGGAGGAAUUGAUAUAGCCUUGGCUCCCUCCAGUUUUGGACAAGCAAAUACACGGGCUUUUGAUACUUUGCUGCGAAAAGUACAAAAAUAUGUACCUCUUGGAGCAUCUGUUGCUGAUUUGUAUGCAGGAGCUGGUGUGAUUGGGUUAUCAUUGGCUGCUGCUAGAAAAUGCAGAUCUGUCAAGUGUGUUGAGGUUAACAAAGAGUCAAAACUAUCUUUCGAGAAGACAGUUGAACGGCUCCCAAAUUCUGUAGAUGGCAGCAUCAGUUGGCAUCAUGCAGACGCUUCUGUUGAACCUCUUUCUUGGAUCAUGGGCUCGGAAGUAGUUGUUGUCGAUCCUCCUAGAAAGGGACUGGACUCUUCUCUUGUUGAUAUGUUACAAACUUUAUCAUCAUUAGAACAUAAAGCUAAGUCAUCAUCUGAAAGUAACUCGAAAGUCAAGGAUGAAAAAAGACCAUGGAUUUUACGUGCAAGGGAAGCCUCUGUUGAAAUCAGAGGGAAAGCUGCUCUAAACGACUCUCAGUCACUACCUCAAACCCUUAUUUAUAUAAGCUGUGGGUGGGAAAGCUUCAAGAAGGAUUGCAAGUUAUUGUUGUCUAGCAAGGAAUGGCACUUGGAAAAGGCUCAUGGUUUUAAUUUCUUUCCUGGUACCCAGAGCAUUGAGAUCUUGGCCAUAUUCAAGAGAGGCCGCAGAGCACCCCUUAAAAAGAAAAAAUCGGGAAAGAAGAAAAAACGAUCAUGAGGAUCAGAAUGGAGUUUUCUGUGAUCCUCAGAAGGACUAUAAAUUGCACACAGAAGAUGAAGAGAAACGGAAAAAAUCAAAUUGACAUGUGACAAGAAACAUCCGAGGAAUGGCUUCCACAGAAAAUUAAUCAAUAAUCGGACAAAUCUGUUGUAUUCUCUGUUAUAGUGCAAUGGGAAAUGGGAUGCACAUGGGAGCAAAAAGGCUUACAAAUGAAUAGCAUUUUAUAUCAAUCUUGUAUCUCACCAAUCUCCUGUAGAAUGUGAUGAAAGAAUGCAAAAUUCUUUGUAAAAACGAACUGAACUCGGAAAAAUUUUGCUCCAAGGAAAGAUUGCAGCAUCAUUUAUUUGUUUGAUAAAUUUAAUUUCGC